UUUUCUUCUUCCUUUUUCUUCUCUCCGACGUUACGACAUCGUCUUUCACGAUCAAAAUGCCUGCUGUUGAUGUUUCGUCCGUUCCUGCUGUCUCCGGCAAGGAGACUGCUCAGUCUGUCGCUGUCCUUGAGGACCUCAUCAAGAACCUCAACAUCUCGUCCUCCCAGGAUGAGGUGAACGCUGCUGCCGACAACCUGGCCCACCUGUUCAGCGGCCCUAUCCCCGAGCAGGCUCUCCCUCUCAAGGCUGUCGAGACCUUCCAGAAGCAGCUCAGCAACAAGAAGGAUGCUGUUGUCCGUGAGCGUGCCUGCGAGGGUAUCCGUGCUAUUGCCUCCCACGCCACCAUCGCUCCUGGUGUCGAGCCUCACCUCGUCACCCUCCUCGGCCCCGUCCUUGCCGCCGUCGGUGACAAGAUGGUUCCCGUCAAGAACGCCGCCCAGGGUGCUGCCCUCGCCAUCGUGAAGGGUGUCAACGGCAACGCCGUCAAGGCUGUCCUUCCCCCCGUCCUCGAGUCCCUCGCCAACGCCCAGAAGUGGCAGGAGAAGCUGGCUGCUCUCGAGUGCAUCAACGCUCUCGUCGAGACUGCCCCCGCUCAGCUCUCUUUCCGUGUCCCCGAGCUCAUCCCCGUUGUCUCUGAGGCCAUGUGGGACACCAAGGCCGACAUCAAGAAGGCUGCCUACGCUACCAUGGAGAAGGUCUGCGGUUUGAUCGUCAACAAGGAUAUUGAGCGUUUCAUUCCCGAGCUCAUCAAGUGUAUCGCCAAGCCCGAGAACGUCCCCGAGACCGUUCACUUGCUCGGUGCUACCACUUUCGUCUCCGAUGUCACCGGACCCACCCUCGCCAUCAUGGUCCCCCUGCUGGACCGUGGUCUGGUUGAGCGUGAGACUGCCAUCAAGCGUAAGUCCGCUGUCAUCGUUGACAACAUGUGUAAGCUCGUGGAGGACCCCCAGAUUGUCGCUCCCUUCUUGCCCAAGUUGAUGCCCCGUCUUGAGAAGAACUACGAGACUCUGGCCGACCCCGAGGCUCGUGGUAAGACCAAGCAGGGUCUGGACACCCUGUGCCGUGUCGGUGAUGUCAAGAACGGCAAGAUCCCCGAGAUCUCCACCGCUGGUGACAUCUCCACCGUCUCCGCUAUCCUCAAGGAGAUCCUCUCUUCCAAGUUCUCCGCCCAGGCUGAGAAGGCCGAGUCCGUCAUCACCUACGUUGCUGCCAUCGCUGGUCAGCUCGUCGACGAGAAGGACGCCGAGGUCACCAGCUGGACCCAGAACGCCCUUCCCUACAUCGCUGCCAUCGUUGGUGACGAGGAGGCCAAGCCCAUCGUCGAGACCCUCCGCAAGCGCGCCUCCCCCGGUGCCGCUGCUGAGGAUGAGGUUCUCUCCGACGAAGAGGAGGGUGAGGAUCUGUGCAACUGCACUUUCUCCCUGGCCUACGGUGCCAAGAUUCUGCUGAACCAGACCAGCCUCCGCCUCAAGCGUGGUCAGCGUUACGGUCUGCUCGGCCCCAACGGUACCGGUAAGACCACUCUCAUGCGUGCCAUCAACAACGAGCAGCUUGAGGGCUUCCCCAAGAAGGAUGAGGUCAAGACCGUCUACGUUGAGCACGACUUGGAUGCCGCCGAUACUGAGCAGACCGUCAUUGGCUGGACCAUCAAGAAGCUCCGCGAGGUCGGUGUCGAGACCAGCCAGGAGGACGUCGAGGCCAAGCUCGAGGAGUUCGGUUUCCUGCGUGAGCAGUUCGAGGGUCCCAUCACCUCCCUCUCCGGUGGAUGGAAGAUGAAGCUGGCUCUGGCCCGUGCCGUGUUCGAGUCCCCCGAUAUCCUGCUGCUCGACGAGCCUACCAACCACUUGGACGUCAAGAACGUCGCCUGGUUGGAGAACUACCUGUGCACCUCUCCCUGCACUUCCAUCAUCGUCUCCCACGACAGCAAGUUCUUGGACAACGUCAUCCAGCACGUCGUCCACUACGAGCGCUUCAAGCUUAAGCGUUACCGUGGUAACCUGAGCGAGUUCGUCAAGCGUGUCCCCUCUGCUCGCUCCUACUACGAGCUGGGUGCCUCCGAGCUCGAGUUCAAGUUCCCCGAGCCCGGUUUCCUUGAGGGUGUCAAGACCAAGGCCAAGGCCAUCAUCCGUGUCAACAACAUGUCCUUCCAGUACCCCAACACCCCCAAGCCCCAGCUCACCGACAUCUCCUUCCAGGUCUCCCUGGGCUCUCGUAUUGCCGUCAUCGGUCCCAACGGUGCUGGUAAAUCCACCCUGGUCAACGUCCUGACCGGUGAGUUGAUCCCCACCUCCGGUGACGUCUACCAGCACGAGAACAUCCGUAUCGCCUACAUCAAGCAGCACGCUUUCGCUCACAUUGAUAACCACCUCGACUCCACUCCCUCCGAGUACAUCCAGUGGCGUUUCCAGACCGGUGAGGAUCGUGAGACCAUGGACCGUGCCAACAAGAUCGUCACCGACGAGGAUGAGAAGGCCAUGGACAAGAUCUACAAGAUCGAGGGCCAGCCCCGUCGUGUCAUUGGUAUCCACGCUCGUCGUAAGUUCAAGAACAGCUACGAAUACGAGUGUUCGUUCUCGCUGGGUGAGAACAUCGGCAUGAAGAGCGAGCGCUGGACUCCCAUGAUGACCACCGACAACGCCUGGAUUCCCCGUAACGAGAUCAUGCAGUCCCACGCCAAGAUGGUUGCCGAGGUUGAUCAGAAGGAGGCUCUUGCCAGCGGUCAGUUCCGUCCUCUGGUCCGUAAGGAGAUUGAGGCCCACUGCGAGCAGUUCGGUCUCGAUGCUGAGCUGGUCUCCCACUCCCGCAUGCGCGGUCUGUCCGGUGGUCAGCGUGUCAAGGUCGUCCUUGCCGCCUGCUCUUGGCAGCGUCCUCACGUCAUCGUUCUGGACGAGCCUACUAACUACCUGGACCGUGACUCUCUCGGUGCUCUGUCCAAGGCUCUGAAGAGCUUCGAGGGUGGUGUUAUCAUCAUCACUCACUCCCGUGAGUUCACUGAGAACCUCACCGAGGAAGUCUGGGCCGUCGUUGACGGUAAGAUGACUCCUUCCGGUCACAACUGGGUUCAGGGACAAGGUUCCGGUCCCCGUCUUGAGGCCAAGGAUGGUCCCGAGGAGGUCGUCGAUGCCAUGGGCAACAAGACCGUUGUUGAAAAGAAGAAGAAGCUCACUUCUGCUGAGCUUAGAAAGAAGAGAAAGGAGCGUAUGGCUAGAAAGAAGCGUGGCGAGGAGGUUUCUGACGACGAGGAGUUCUAAACACGAGGUUAUAGCUCGUUUGGAUGAUUUUUAUAGAGGUUACGGUCGUAUGAAAUCAAAAUUCGCUUAAUGACCAAUCUUGGGCUUUACAAGUAAUAAUAAGCUGAUAUAAAGAUGCAGCAAUGCCUGUAGAAUCGUAAGACAUGUUUAUUUUGCGAUUUACUUUGAUAAUGCGCUGAAAAAUAAGAUUUCGUUGCAACCCAUCUGCCGAUGCGGGCUUGCCAAGACUUGGUGUUGAGGUUGGGGUGAGGCUCAUGAUGGCGGUGAGGGAUGGCAGAAUUCGGACUUUAUCAGCCGAGCCUCACCACACCAUACCACCCCACUCUCUUUCUUCUACAUAAUCAAGCGAUGCACAUCUAUCUAAAGUAUCAGUCGAUGUCUUGAGAAGCUUCAUCGUCAUCAAUAUCUUACGUCAAGACAUUGCAAAGCAUUCUACUCCUAAGCAUUUUUACUUAAGCAAUCUCUACUAACCGGUACUAUUACUACUGUACUACU